ACUGCUAGCUAGACUGCUAGCUAGGCGGUGAAUACCUGAUUGGAUUCUGCAUUUGUCUUGGCAAAACGAAUCACUUGUACAUUUAUAAAUCAACGAGCACAUCUGAGAAGCACUGAUUUCUUCAUCACACCUAAAAACGUGGAAUGAUGCUUCCUGGCUAGCUAGCUAGGCGUCUUAGGUGUCUUUAGUAGGCUUACUUGCUAACGUAGUUAUGUUAGCUAGCAAAGUUAGGUAUCCUAGCUAUCUAACUAUUCAAGCUGGCUAGAAAAGACACAUAUUUAGGACGGUAGGUCAUUGCAGUUAAAGAUUUAUGUGUAGGUGGAGAUUUGUCUAUCUAGCAAGCUGUUAGUCAAAUGUUAGCCAGUUACCUAGUUAAGGUGCCCUUCAGGUAGCUAGAUAGGCUUGCUCAAUGAGCAUUAUCAAGUAUUUAUCAAGUAUCCAGUUAGCUAGUAUAUAGCAGUUUUAUAUUGUCUGGCACUAACUAACUCCGUAUAAAUUAACCAGUUGCUCAGCAGUCAGAAUAGCUAGUUAGCUUGCUAGCUAUUUACUAGUCUUUAAAAAAAAAGUCCAUUGCAACAAAAAUGGACAUUGCCUUUUAACUUGUGAAAAUGGAGGAAGAUGAUACUGGACUUCGCUCGGUGUCUCUAGCUGCUGGAAUGAUUAAUGCCCCAUCCGAGGAUGAGAAGCCCCUGUUCCAUACUAACCAGAGCCCUGGUCCCUCCGAGCCAUUCCUACUGUCAGGAAAUGGUGACCAAGUACCAUACACCAUUAACAGAUACCUACGGGACUACCAGCGAGAGGGAGUUAAAUUCAUCUACAACAGCUAUGUGAAGUCCAGAGGUUGCAUUUUGGGUGAUGACAUGGGCCUUGGAAAGACCGUUCAGGUCAUCAGCUUCCUGGCUGCUGUUUUGCAGAAAACAGGGACAUGGAAGGAUGUUGAGAAGAACAGGCCAGAGUUUUUGCAGUCGCAAAGGUCCUGGAAACCAUCCAAAAUGAAGAGGGUUUUCCUCAUUGUGGCUCCCUUGUCCGUGCUUUAUAACUGGAAAGAUGAGUUGGACACAUGGGGCCACUUUAAAACUGUCAUUGUACAUGGUGUAAAGAAGGAGGAAGAACUGGCCCGUGUGAAUAGAGGACGAUGUGAGAUCGCUCUGACCACAUACGAGACCCUCAGACUCUGUCUAGACCAGUUUAACAGUAUUGACUGGGCUGCGGUCAUCGUGGACGAAGCUCACAAGCUUAAGAACCACAAGUCACAGAUCACACAAGCAAUGAAAGAUUUAAGAUGUAAAGUGCGUGUGGGACUGACGGGCACAAUUCUCCAGAAUAACCUUGAGGAGCUCUGGUGUGUCAUGGAUUGGGCCAUCCCUGGGUGUCUCGAUUCACUGGCCAGUUUCAAGAACAAAUUUUCGGACCCCAUCGAACAGGGCCAGAAACACAGCGUGACAAAGAGGGCUCUGGCAGAGGGCCGCAGGGCUGUUCAGACUCUGGCUAAAAGAUUGUCCCGCUGGUUUCUCAGGAGAACCAAGGCGCUCAUCAGCGAACAGCUACCCAAGAAAGACGACAGGGUUGUGUACUGCUCUCUGACGGACUUCCAGCAGGCCGUGUAUCGCGCCGUGCUCGACACGGACGACGUGACUUUGCUGCUGUGUGGCUCACAGAGGUGCCAGUGCGGCAGCGGCCGUCCCAGGAAGAAGUGUUGCCAGAAGUGCAAUUCAGAUGGCGUGCCCGUCAAACACAUGUACUUCAGCUACCUGGCCAUCCUGAGGAAGGUGGCCAAUCAUGUUGCUCUGCUGCAGUCAAAAGAAGGCACCAGUAAAACACAGGAAAAAUAUGUGAACUCCAUCUGUGAAAAAGUCUUCACAAAGUUUCCGGACUUUACAGAAAGAUGCAAACAGGCAGCAUUUGAGGCCAUUUCAGACCCCAAGUACAGUGGAAAAAUGAAGGUCCUGCAAAGGUUGCUGAGUCACUUUAUCAAAAGGAAAGAUAAAGUUCUGCUUUUUUCGUUUUCCACUAAGCUUCUUGAUGUACUGGAGAGCUUUUGCAUGGCAGAGGGUCUGAACUACCGCAGGCUGGACGGAACCACCAAGUCUAAAGAGCGCUUGCACAUCGUCAAAGAAUUCAACAGUUCUGGAGAUAUCAACCUGUGCCUGGUCUCUACCAUGGCUGGCGGUCUUGGACUCAACUUUGUUGGGGCUAAUGUGGUUGUGCUGUUUGAUCCGACAUGGAAUCCAGCAAAUGACCUUCAGGCUGUUGACAGGGUGUAUCGCAUCGGGCAGUGUAAGGAUGUGACCGUCUUUAGGCUCAUCUCCCUGGGCACAGUGGAGGAGGUCAUCUAUCUGCGUCAGGUUUACAAACAGCAGCUGCAGUCCUCGGUGAUUGGGAGGGAGAACGCCAGGAGGUACUUUGAGGCGGUACAGGGUGCGGACGGCCAAGCAGGAGAGCUGUUCGGCAUGCGCAACCUCUUCAGGCUACAGACUGAUGGAACCUGCCUGACGCACCGCGUCCUAGCGCGGGAGGGCCAACUCGAGGUGGGGAUCAUGACGGCCAGCACGCAGGCAGUGGAGGAGAGGAGCACAGGCCCGGGUCCAGGGUCAGGAGGGGUCUCCGGACAGCAUGGUGGACCAGUGCCGGUGUGUAGUGCGGGCCUCGCUGAUGGUGAGAUCCUGGAAUUCAGCAGCAACAGUGAGGACGAAGACCCCUGCGGCUCCCAGGCAAACAUGACGAAGACGAGCGCAGGGGCGGAGCCUGUGCCGGGCGUCACCCUCUCCAAUAGCACAGGCCUUUCCGCGCUGCUACUGAGGCACGUGGUCCGAAUGGCACAGGGGUGCUCGGACAGCAGCGAGGAGAGCCAGGACGACUCGGAUACGGAGGAGAGCCAGGAUGACUCGGAUACGGAGGAGCCCCGGGCGACCGAGGGGGAGGCAGACGGGCGCCUGUCGAGCGACUCGGAGGAGGAGGGGGAAGGAGAUGAGGCCGAGAGCCCGUGUAGGCCUCCAGCAAAGCAGAACCCCGAGCCCGGCGUCACAGCUGGCCGUGUAGGGGACGAGCCCGUCCAGCGCCACCCAGCUGAAGGGCAGCAGAGUGCCAGAGAGGGCAGUGGAAGUGAGCGGAGGCUGGACACCCGAGGCAGGGUGGCAGGAAGGAGUCGGAGGCUUGUGGACGAUAUCAAGUCUUUUACCUCUUCGGAGGAUGAGGCUCUGGUGAGAAAGGUGAAGGGUCACAUCUCAGCUUCACGCGAGGUAAAAUCGGGUCUCGGGUGCCCUGUGAGUACACGGAACACUCCUGUCAAAUCAGUCAUGUUCGCAGGCUUGAGAAGCCCAACGGCUCAGCCAAGUCCUGCAUCUGAGCCCAACGCUGGAACCAUAGACACGUUAUUAGGUGGACUUCAGGAAGUGAGGUACACCCACUCCAAUCAGAAAGUAGUGGGCUCGAGCCGAAUGGAGAACCGCCUUAGCCGUGCUGCCUUGCGAGAUGUUUUCAAGCUCAACAAGCACUCCCAGCUCCCAGCCAACCACCUGUCUGACCUGUCAGAGGGACCAAGCCCAGCGGAGCAUUAUAUCACACAGCAGACCCAGCGUGACUCCGCGCGUGGUGGGGAGGAAGGCCAGACUCCAGCACACCCCGAAGGCCCUCGACUGCGGCACCAAGUCGUCCACUCCAUCAGGGCCUCCCACCGCACCCCCAGCGUGACCCUUAGCGUCGGCCAGACACCCGCCGCUGUCCGCAAAAAUCAGCUAGAAGAAAUGGCGCGAUUCUUUGGAGCCAGGUGUGUGCGGGCGUUUGCUGAAGAGCUUGUGGAGAGCAGCUCAGCACAGCGACUGAGCAAGCUAGCUCAGUUCUACAGCCACAGGAGCCCUGAGCUCACGGACAUCAUCGAACAGACGUUUUCUGAACCUAAAAUGGAGCCGAAAGCACGGGUUUCACCACCCCCUUCAGCCUGCAACGCCGCCAAACAAGGACCUACCUCGAAAAGGUCCCUCCUUACCUCAGUUCAGAGAUCUCAUGAAAAGGUUCUGGAAGAAGCAGGUGUAGCAUCAAAAAAGAAGAGAAUGACUAAUGCACGGCAUACAAAAGACCUCAGCAAUCGCUGUAUGGGUCCACCUGAGCUUAGAACCGAGACGAUCUCUCCACCUGAAUCAGGCCAAAGCCUGUCGGAACUGCCUCAGGAACCCUAUUCAGGCGUCCAACCUCAGUCUCAGGCAAACCCCUCACCUAUGACCCCGCUGGGUCGAGUUAAUCCUUCGCCACUCAGACGAACUCGUAAAGACCAGGUGUCUCCUGCAGAAUUCUCCAGAACUGACCUUGCAGAACCAGGUCCUGCCCGGGCGAACAAAACCUUCAUUACUGACCUCAUAGGUGACACCUCCAUCCUCGACGACCUCCUCAAGCCGAAGAGAAGUGGCGAGCGGCUCAAGCUCGCGACAGCGCCCAUGGCCGCACCGACGGAGAGGGUCAAGAACAAAGGCAAAGACUUCUGGGACAUUUUGAACGAGGGGAACAUAGAGUCCAUCGAUAAGCUAACAGACCUGUCUCAGGUGGAGAAGGUCUGUAGGAGCGCCGCCGUCUCUGGAAGGUCCAAAAGGGAAAAUGAACUCGAAAGCUCUCAACUCUGGAAAAAGAAUGAGAAGUUUCUGUGGAAAAGAUAGAACAGGACUAUGCAGAAAAAACUCAAUGCAGGUUCUUGGCAUUUGAAUGAAGUGUAAAAUUACUAAUUAUUUUUACAAGAUGGUGACACUUUUAUGAAGUAUUAAUUUAUUUUAAUUAAUUUGGUUUUAUUUUCUUGUUUGACACUAUAUAUCGCUCAUGUGAACAGUUUUGACUCAAGUCAUCUUUGUAUUUAUUUUGUUUUUCAGAAUCGUGUGUUAAUUUAUUAAUUUAACACUAUAGCCCAUUACAUUACAGUCUCAAAGGUCAAAGGAUGUGUCAUUAAUUUGGUACCAUGGAUCAGGAGUCUGUGAAGUUGCUACACUGAAGUUGCUAAUCUGUUUAACCAAUUCACUAUUUUGGGCUUCACAUGACAUCAGACAAAACCACAUGAACUUGGUGGUCUGGGGCCUCAAACAAAAACAGACCUACCUGUAUAGUUUUAAUAUAAAGGCUGGAAUCUCAAUGUUCCCAACUUUUUUCUUAUUUUGAGAGGAAACGUGGUACUGCCUAGGUUGGGAACAACUGCUGCUCUUGGUGCUUGACUCUUGUAAACCGAGCCGUGGGAUUUUGGGAAGUUCUGCGUUUCAGCCUUCAUAACUCAACCUGUUGUGCUAUUCAAGAAAUAACAGUAGGCUAGUCCAUGAAAGCCAGGUGGAACGGCUUUCCCAGGAACACUCCCACAUCCACCACUGCUGAACCAAAUCAGUCUGUCUGAUAUAUUAGUAGACAUUUUGCCCUUAUAGUAGGAUCUAUUCCAAAAAGUCAAUGUCUCUGAGAAAUUCCUAUGUUAAUAUAAGAGAGAUUAGUGACCCUGCUGGACUAAUUUGACUAAACGAAUGAAAUGAGGAACCUC